AUGCCGCCGUUGCUGCUGGUCCUGUUGGGGGUCCUCCUGAGAGCAUCCUGGGCUCCAGCUUUGCCCUUUGAGGCCUCUGAGGAAAUGGAGCUGGAGCCCUGCCUGGCCCCCAGCCCAGAGCAGCCAGAACAAGAGCUGACCGUGGUCCUUGGGCAGCCUGUGCAGUUAUGCUGUGGGAGGGCUGAGCGUGGUGGCCACUGGUACAAGGAGGGCAGUCGCCUGGCACCUGCCGGCCGGGUACGAGGCUGGAGGGGCCGCUUGGAGAUCGCCAGCUUCCUACCCGAGGAUGUUGGGCACUACCUCUGCCUAGCACGAGGCUCCAUGUUUGUCCUGCACAAUGUCACCUUGGUUAUGGACGACUCCUCGGCCUCCAGCAAUGGUGAUGAGGAACACAAUGGCCCUUCAGAUAGGCAUGUUUACCCACAGCAUGCACCUUACUGGACACACCCCCAGCGCAUGGAGAAGAAGCUGCACGCAGUGCCUGCUGGGAACACCGUCAAGUUCCGCUGUCCAGCAGCAGGGAACCCCACGCCCACCAUCCGCUGGCUCAAAGAUGGACAGGACUUUCACGGGGAGCAUCGCAUUGGAGGCGUUCGGCUGCGCCAUCAGCACUGGAGCCUGGUGAUGGAAAGCGUGGUGCCCUCAGAUCGUGGCACAUACACCUGCCUUGUGGAGAAUUCGGUGGGCAGCAUCCGCUACAGCUAUCUGCUGGACGUGCUGGAGCGGUCCCCGCACCGGCCCAUCCUGCAGGCAGGGCUCCCGGCCAAUACCACAGCGGUGGUGGGCAGUGACGUGGAGCUGCUAUGCAAGGUGUACAGUGACGCCCAGCCUCACAUCCAGUGGCUGAAGCACAUUGUCAUCAACGGCAGCAACUUCGGUGCCGACGGCUUCCCUUAUGUGCAAGUCCUGAAGACAACAGACAUCAAUAGCUCAGAGGUAGAGGUCCUCUACCUUCGUAACGUGUCAGCCGAGGAUGCGGGCGAGUACACCUGCCUGGCAGGCAACUCCAUCGGCCUCUCCUACCAGUCGGCCUGGCUCACCGUGCUGCCAGAGGAGGACCUCGCGUGGAUGGCAGCGGUGCCCGAUGCCAGAUACACGGACAUCAUCCUGUACACGUCGGGCUCUCUGGUGUUGGUGGUGCUCCUGCUGCUGGCCGGCCUGUACCGCGGACAGGUGCUCCACGGGCGGCACCCCCGGCCGCCCGCCACAGUGCAGAAGCUGUCCCGCUUCCCUCUGGCCCGACAGUUCUCCCUGGAGUCAGGCUCCUCGGCCAAGUCAAGCUCGUCCCUGGUGCGGGGCGUCCGUCUUUCCUCCAGCGGCCCCCCCUUGCUUGCUGGCCUCGUGAGUCUAGACCUCCCGCUGGACCCACAGUGGGAGUUCCCCCGGGACAGGCUGGUGCUUGGGAAGCCCCUGGGCGAGGGCUGCUUCGGGCAGGUGGUGCGUGCAGAGGCCUUGGGCAUGGACCCGGCCCAGCCUGACCAAGCCAGCACCGUGGCCGUCAAGAUGCUCAAGGACAACGCCUCUGACAAGGACUUGGCAGAUCUGGUCUCUGAGAUGGAAGUGAUGAAGCUGAUCGGUCAACACAAAAAUAUUAUUAACCUGCUGGGUGUCUGCACCCAAGAAGGCCCCCUGUAUGUGAUCGUGGAGUGUGCUGCCAAGGGAAACCUGCGGGAGUUCCUGCGGGCCCGACGCCCCCCGGGCCCCGAUCUCAGCCCUGAUGGACCUCGGAGCAGCGAGGGGCCACUCUCCUUCCCUGCCCUGGUCUCCUGCGCCUACCAGGUGGCCCGGGGCAUGCAGUACCUGGAGUCUCGAAAGUGCAUCCACCGAGACCUGGCUGCCCGUAACGUGCUGGUGACAGAGGACAACGUGAUGAAGAUCGCUGACUUUGGACUGGCCCGAGGCGUCCACCACAUUGACUACUACAAGAAAACCAGCAACGGCCGCCUGCCUGUCAAGUGGAUGGCACCAGAGGCCUUGUUUGACCGAGUCUACACACACCAGAGUGAUGUGUGGUCGUUUGGGAUCCUGCUGUGGGAGAUCUUCACCCUUGGGGGCUCCCCAUACCCUGGCAUCCCCGUGGAGGAGCUGUUCUCACUGCUGCGGGAGGGGCAUCGGAUGGACCGGCCCCCGAACUGCCCUCCAGAGCUGUACGGGCUGAUGCGUGAGUGCUGGCACGCGGCGCCCUCUCAGAGGCCCACUUUCAAGCAGCUGGUGGAGGCACUGGACAAGGUCCUGCUGGCCAUCUCUGAGGAGUACCUGGACCUCCGCCUGACCUUUGCACCCUACACCCCAGCCGGUGGGGACGCCAGCAGCACCUGCUCCUCCAAUGACUCUGUCUUCAGCCAUGACCCCCUGCCACUGGGGCCCAGUUCCUUCCCCUGUCCUGGGGUGCAGACUUGA